AUUUUCACACUUUUCUUCUCGGUUUCUUUCACUCUUUCCUCUCAGUCUCGGUCACUCUCUCUCUCACGCGGAGGCGCGUGAUUCUCAGUCUCCGGCAGAUCAUCGCGUUCGGCUCUCGCUGGUCAUCUUUCUCACGACGAUCAUAUUCUCUCUCUCAGGAUGAGUUCAAAUCGAGGUGGUGGAAAUCCCAAAGGAAAGCAUGCCUCUGAAGUCAAUAGCCCUAAGGUUGAGCAGUUGAGUCAGGAUAUAGGAGAAAUUAACCUGGGUUCAACAGAAGAUGAUGGAAAUUGGGAGGAGGUAAUUGGCAGGAAAUCGAAAAACAGGGCUGGAAGCGCUGCUGCAAAGCCAUGGGGUUCUCCAAGUUUUACUUCUAAAUCUUGGGGACAGCAAGAUGCUCAGAAGCCAAGUAUGCGGAGCAUUGGUGGAUCAGGACGGGCUGCUGGGAACUCCUGGGCAUCACAAGCUGUUGAUUCUAGAAAACCGGCUGGGAGAGGAAAUGGCUGGCAACAAUCUACUGCUAGGAGUUAUGAUAAUAGGUCUAUGGCCCCACAGCAUGCAAUUCCUCCCCCACUGGACCAUGGAUGGAACUGGCAGUCUAGGGCUGGUUUUACUCAACCCAAGGGUCCAGAAGAUAACAAGGACAACUAUGCGGCUGCUGUGGAUGAUGAUAAGGAUGAUAUAUCUGAUGGUGAUUCUGAUGAUGAUCUAUCUGAUGAAUUUGACUCAGAUGCAAGUGUGAAGAGCCAUGGAACUAGAAAGAAGAACCGGUUGCUCAAGAAAUUUUUCGAGGUAUUGGAUAGCUUGACUGUUGCAGAGAUCAAUGAUCCUGUGAGGCAAUGGCACUGUCCUGCUUGCCAAAAUGGUCCUGGUGCCAUUGACUGGUACCGAGGCCUCCAGCCCCUCAUGACCCAUGCCAAGACCAAAGGUUCAAUAAGGGCGAGGCUCCACAGAGAGCUUGCUGAACUUUUGGAUGAGGAGUUGAGGAGGAGGGGAACGACAGUUGUGCCUGCUGGUGAAUCAUUUGGAAAAUGGAAAGGUCUAACUGUUGAGGAAAAAGACCAUGAAAUUGUGUGGCCACCAAUGGUUAUUAUCAUGAAUACCAGGCUUGAACAGGAUGAAAACGAUAAGUGGCUUGGCAUGGGUAAUCAAGAGCUGCUUGACUACUUUAGCUCGUAUGCUGCUGCGAGGGCUAGACAUUCUUAUGGACCACAAGGGCACCGUGGUAUGAGCCUCCUAAUAUUUGAGGCAUCUGCAAGAGGUUAUUUUGAGGCGGAGCGUCUGCAUAGGCAUUUUAUAGAGCAAAGGACAGACAGGGAUGCUUGGGAUCGUAGUAGUCGUGUGUUAUUUCAUCCAGGAGGGCAGCGCCAGCUGUAUGGGUACAUGGCAAGGAAAGAAGACAUGGAUCUGUUUAACCAGCAUUCCCAAGGUAAAUCCAAGCUGAAGUUUGAGAUGAGGUCAUAUCAGGAGAAAGUUGUGAAUGAUCUUAGGCAAAUGAGCGAGGACAAUCAACAGCUUAUCUGGUUGAAGAACAGGGUUGUUAAAGAACAGAGGCAUGCAAAAGCUCUUGAAGAGUCUCUUGAAUUUGUUAGUGAGAGGCUCCGCAAAACAACUAAGGAUAAUCGAAUUGUGAUACAGAGGACCCAAGCCCAACAAGAAGAAACUCUGGAAGCGAUAAAAGAGCAAGAACAAUAUUUCCAAGACCAAAUCAAAAUCAUUCGUGAAUCAAGGGAUGCUAAGGAAGAAGGUUUUGAGAGGCUGCAGCAGGAGCAGCGUGAGAAGGUGAAGCAGUCACAUGGCCAGCCUUCAAAUGACAGGUCGGUGGAAAUUGCAAACUUCAUUGAGGCCCAAGAUAAGGAGAUGGAGGGUUUUGUGGCAGAGAGGGACAUGCUGAUGAAAGUUUAUGGCGAGAACAAGGCUGCAAUGAAGCGGAGGCACUGGGAGGAGGAAGUCGGUCUGGAGAAAGAGUUCGAUGACAAAUUAACCCAGCUCAUGGAUAAAUACUCCAAGGUUCAGCCCGAAGCAUCUGCCAACUUUGAGGGUUGAGGUAUAACUAGACUGCAUUUUAGGACGGAGGCAAUAACUAGUAACAACGGAACUUUAGGGCAGUUUAUGAAAACUUUUGUGUUCUGGUUGAUGAUAGCCUGACAGAGUUUUACAGUAAACAAUGCGCUUAUAAGCAGCCAUUUAAAUAGUACUAUGCAUGUUGUGGUUGCCUUACGGUGUUGGGUUAUAUUUAUCAAUCAUGGCAUGGUAUUAUCUUC